AUGGGGAACCAGGUCGACAAGUUAUCCCAUUUAAGUUACGCUGAAGUUCCUACGGUGGACCCAAACGGCGUGGACACGGAGGACGGCCCGCGGAUCGGCGUUUCUUACAUCUUUUCCAACGACGAAGAGGAGCAGGAGGACAGCAGCGCGGUGCACGGCUCACAGCGAGACUCAAAGCAGGAAGAGAAGCACUUCAACCCGGGGGACGAGGUGGAGUGCGCCGUGUACAAAUGCGGGGAGUGCAUUUACGAGAAGCGAGCCAGAGCCACCAGUCUGGACGUGUACUCCCCGGAGAACUUGCUGAACAAGUGCAAAGCGGGGGAUUUGGUGGAGUUUGUGGCCACGGGGCAGUACCCGCACUGGGCCGUGUACGUGGGAGACUUCCAGGUCGUGCAUCUGACCAGAGCGGAGGUCAAGAACAGCUUUCUGACGGAUGCGAGUCAAGGGAGAAGAUGUAGGAUCGUGAAUGACUUUUACAAGUGGAAGCCUCUCGGGGCGGAUGUGGUGGUGCAGAACGCCAUGGAGCAGGUGGGACUCAAAGACAGAGAGCUGAGUUGGAGGAAUUCUGAAAGCUUUGCGGCGUGGUGUAGGUUUGGGAAGCGGGAGUUUAAAAUGGGAGGAGAAAUACGCAUAGGAAAACAGCCCUACAGGUUGAAAAUCUUCACAUCGGACAAACAUUCACACGUGUUGGAGUUUCAGAGCCUGGAGGACAUGAUCAUGGAGAAGCGCAGGAGUGACCUGAGGGGCAGAGCGUGCGUCCUGCAGGAGCUGGCGGGACAUGUGAGCAGAUCUGUGGAGGAGGAGGUCCAGCCUGAGCCCGUGAGCGACGUGCUCAGCCACAACACUGCCUUCACUGCCUACUAUUGA